CUAAAAGCCAACAUGACGCAGCAAGCUGCAGCUUUACAGACCUACAACAACGAACUUGUCAAGUGUAUCGAGGAUCUGUGCUCAAAGCGGGAUGAGCUGAACCGUCAGAUCAAGCAGGAGGAGGAGGAGAAGGAACGGCUGCAGCAUGACAUCCGCUUGCUCUCGGAGAAGCUGAGCAGAGUCAAUGAGAGCUUGGCACAAAGACUGGCUGCCCGUGCCACCUUCGACCGCACAAUUGCAGAAACGGAGGCUGCUUACAGCAAGAUCUUGGAGAGCUCGCAGUCUCUUCUAAGCGUCCUAAAGCAGGAGGCAGGGAACCUCAGUAAAGCUACAGAGCCUCGGAGAAAGGAGCACUGA